GCUCCUUUGCUCCAAGUGUCUAGAGCUGCUGUGUCUCUCCUCUCCUCUUCUCUGACCAGGUUUCAGGAUCCCUCUGAAGACUCUCAUUCCUCACCUUUUUUGGAGCGUGGCCGUGCGCCUGGCGUGUGCGAGGGCUCCCGUGUCCUGCUCUCUGCCCUGAGGGAGUCACUGAAGUUUACACCCGACCGACCAGAGCUUUCACCACCAUGAGGGCCCUUCUGUUGCUCCUGCUCACUCUUGCCGUACCGAUUCACACCUUCCCCACUUCAAUUCCUACGGAUGGACCCGCUUCACAUCCCAAAGAUGAACCCCCUUCAGAUCCUACAGAGGGACCAGUUGAUGGGCUGCCAGAAACCACCUUUCCCACCGUUUUCCUCCACCCCACUUCUCCACACCACCUGGAGGUUGUGACCGGAACGCUCCCGACAGAACCAGCCACUGCUGAACAUGUGACUGGUGCUGCCACUGAAUUGGUGACCGACCCGGCCAAGACAGAGGCCCGUGUCAUGCUGACGGAAGCCCCAACACAUAGCUUCAUGACGACAGAGCAGGUCACCGCUCGUGCCCCGACGGUGGAGCCCAUCACUAAGCUAGUGCAAGCAGAAGUCCUGACUGAAGCGGCGACGGUGCCGACGGCGACAACGGAAGCUGAGAGUGUGGCGGCGGAGACAGAAGCGGAUGUGACGACAGAGGCGGACACUGUAGCUGCAGAGUCAAGCGAGCCAACAGGGGCCGGGACCACGGAUGCAGUGGCCAUUGAAGAUCUAGACUCAGAAGGCCUCAGCACGGGUCAGGUGGUCGGCAUCGUGAUCGGAGCGCUCUUGGCCAUCGCCAUUGUCAUUGCUGUGGUGAUCUCUGUCUUCAGGAGGAUGGGCAAAUACACGCCCUGAAGAAGACCACGGAGCGACUGGAGAAACUACUGAACUGUGACGUCAUUUCGAUUUGGAAAAAAAGGAACCAGGGCGAUACAGACUCUGGAGCGAUUGCGUGAAAGAGGGAAGCAAAUGUGUGUGUGUGUGUGAGACAAGUAGGGUGACCGACAACCUCACCUUCCUCUCCGAACCUUCUGGGAGCAACUGAUAAGGACGAAAGCUCCGUCUUCCUCUCCUCAGUCUCUCUCAGAGGGAAUGAAAGACGAGGAAGGAGAUUAUCUUUGAAAUACACACUCGGCCUACUAUUUACGAUCACCCCCCGAAAACUUCCCUCGAAUCAGACAUUUGUUUCUCUGUCCAAACCGCCAUUUUCCGUCCCCCAGAAUUCGCAUUUCCCACUCAGCCCAUCAGUUCUUAUCAGGACUGUUCUGUUCCCGUCCCUCCAAAGAUCGUGUUUAUUUCCACGACUGUCCUCAGGGUGAAAGCGUGAUACUCGGUGGAGAAUUUGACCGGGAGUCAGAUAUGAUGCUUUCCUGCCAGUUCAGGCCGAUCGGACCAUUGCUUCUAUGCUAACCAUUCGCGAUUGUUCAGUUUGCGAACAGUAGAUUUUGGCAUGUUCUAUGGCGAGAUUUUUGUGGCCGGCGUUUUUUCUUCAUGUUUGACGUAUAAAAACUAAAACUAAAAGAGAGACAACAUGUUAAAAGCAGGCUGAAACUAAUGUUGCUCUUCAAGAACAUUAGCUUCAGGCUGCUAACAUGCUAAUUUAUAUCGGGUACAUUUAUGUUGACAUCUUUUUUGGAAAAACUUGUCCCUGAAAAUUCACUGGCACAGAUUAAUAAUCCUCAUGGACUGUUACGUUUCAAAGGUUGUCAUGUGACUUGUGCGCCAAAUAUUGUGACGUGUGUCUGUUGAGCAUUCCGUCUGUCUGAAGACAAAAUUAGGCUCAUCAGGAUGUAAAUAUGACCGAGCGCUAGCUACUUAGUGUUAGCUAGGCUGACAGCGUGACACCUGAAGUAUCGGGGCUUCGGAUCGACAAAGUUAGUGGGUAUUUUUCAGGCCGCUGUGUUGCGUUGUCAUGCACGAGAUGAUGCUCCGUUUGUGUCGUGGCUUGGAGCGAAAGCCGAAGUGGAAUUUUGUUCGCCAACUGAUAGAGAAUCGCAUCGAAGAGUUCAGAAUACACAGCAGCUUUCGCACUCCACAGUCUUGUGACUCUGCUUUUCAGCACCAAAGUAUUAAAGCUUCAUACGUAUCUGUGAAAUUCAGCAGGGAAGUUUGCGCCACUGCUCUUAAAGUGACCCGUCAGAAAUCCGACCGAAGCGCGGGGACUUCGCUUCCCUCUGAUUCUGAUCACCGCUGUUGCUGGAAGGCGUGGUGCUCACGACUGCUUCCGAGUCAUGGUCACAGUCCCGAGCUUGCUUCACUCGUGCACUGAUGUUUGAGAGGCUGGCGACACUGCAAAUGUUUGCUACGAGUCGACGUUGUUUCGCUCGCUCAUGACUCCUCUGUCUCUCUCUUGUGCCAUAUGACGUGAUCCUUUUAUUUAAGUGUUUCUGUUCAUGCUGUUUCCAUUAAAAACCUAAAACCAU